GGUCCGUUGAGCGACUCUUACAUUCCCCGCUUCUUACUGUAAGUGACUACGGGAGUUGUCCAUUAAUGACUGUCUCGGCCCAGCCAGCACUAAGCAAGACAUCCGCACCUUGAUUAUCUCACGGAAGCGACUCUGAUAUCUAACUAUUUCUCCACACCUGCUUCUCCCUGCCCUUGUCUAAGCUCGCAAACAACCAUGACAACACCCACCAAACUUACAUCGCUCCAGGGCCGAGUGGCCAUCGUGACCGGGGCUGGCGGUGGUCUUGGCCGCGAGUACGCGCUGCUUUUGGCAGCGUACGGCGCAAAAGUAGUAGUCAACGACUACGGCGGCACCCUCGACGGCCAACGAGGAACAUCUUCGCGCUCCGAGGCCGUCGUAGAGGAGAUCAAAGCUCGAGGCGGGGAGGCGAUGGCCGACGGGCAUGACAUCUCGAUCCAGACCGAAGUCCAGCAGCUUGUGCAGAACACGCUGGCCGCGUACGGCGCGGUGCACAUCCUCGUCAACAACGCCGGCAUCGCCGGACAGAUGAGCUCGCAUGACAACGUCAAUGAGGCGUCGUUCCGGCGGACGUGGGAGAUCGCGGCGCUGGGCAGCAUCUUGCUCAUCAGUGCCGUGUACCCGACCAUGGAGAAACAAGGGUACGGCCGGAUCAUCAACACAUCGUCCGACAGCAUCGUUGGGAUGGGCGCCGGCGGCGACGGAGGCUACGUGGCAUCCAAGGGUGCCGUCUUUGGGCUCACUCGGGACCUGGGCCGGAUGAGCACCAAGGCCGACAUCAAGAUCAAUGGGAUCAUGCCGUCUGCCGUUUCGCGCAUGUCGGACCUGUCUCCCGUCAUCAAGCGCAUCACUCGGCAGUACUUCGAGCCACACUUAGUGGCUGACUUCGUCGUCGUGCUGGCGAGCGAGGAGUGUCCCGUCUCGGGCGAGCUGUUUAGCGUUGGCGGAGGAAGAGCCGCGAGGACGACCCUAGCCACAGUCCCGGGUCAUUCUCGCGAGAAGUCACCUGAAGGAUAUUUGGCCAACUUUGACACGGUUAUGGGCCAGUCGAAGGACUUGUUUGUACCAGCUGAUACGUUGGAUUUGGUGUCGUAUGCUAUUCGACAUGCGACAGGUGAGGAGGUUGGGAAAAUUGAGAUGUAAUAAAUUCGCGUAUGCAAAGGAUAGAUAAGGAAACAAUGCUGGCUGGUUUCGAAAGAGGUUGUCUCUGCAAGGGGGGGCUCGCUGGGGG